AUGUCGACUCUCAACCUGUCAUCGAAUGGGCCCUCGAUAUCAAAGAGUUACCAGACUGUGGUCAACUCCCCGCCCCCAAGUAACAAUGCUGCGGGCUCCUCUACAUACGGACACUGGGCCGUCUUCUCCGUCUCUACCCCACUCGUCAACGCCUUCCAGCGUGAUACGGGCAACAAGGAGAGCAUUCUGAAGGUCCAGAGCUCCGGAGAGGGCGAAUUGGUUGAUUUGAUUGACGAAUUCUCGGAAGGAAAGAUCCAGUUUGCGUUUGUGAAAGUCACUUGCCCAAACACUGGACUUCCCAAGAACGUUCUCAUUGCCUGGUGUGGUGAGGGAGUCCCUGAGCGGACCAAGGGUUAUUUUACUAGCCAUCUGGCUGCCGUUUCAAAGCUACUGCAUGGUUACCAUGUGCAGAUCACUGCACGUGCGGACGGAGAUUUGACGCCGGAAGGCAUCAUACAGAAAGUCGGGGAUGCCUCUGGCUCUAAAUAUUCGCCUGGUUCAGCCCCGCAAGCCCCAUCGGCUCCCAAGCCUCCGGUAUCGAGCAAACCCGUUUUUACCCCAUCCCGGGCUGCGAGCGGCGCUCCUUCCAACGUCGCCUCAACCCUUCCCGUCAGGAACAUCCCUAAACCCGCUGCCGAGGAUGAUGGCUGGGGUCCCGACGCCCCUCCGGUCACCAGAACUGGCCUAGAGAAGGUGCAGCCAGCUUAUAAACCGACGAAGGUCAACAUUCAAGAACUGAGGUCUGGACAAUCCUCUGCCACAAGAAAUGCUGGUCCUGCUGCCGAGGAACAGCCUGGAGUUGUGAAAGGUGGCUACCAACCUGUGGGAAAGGUCGACAUCGCUGCGAUUAGGCGGCAAGCGCGUGAAGCUGGCGAGCUCAAGGAUGAGAGGCCCGAGCCUGUGAAAGGCGCUUACGAGCCAGUCGGUAAGGUGGACAUUGCUGCAAUUCGGGCCAGAGCGCAGAACCCGGAACAGUCCGCUCCAGUCUCAAAACCCAGCCCUUCUCCGGCGGCCGAUAUUCCCGCGCCUGCCCCGCCUUCUGGGGAAGUCCGAUCUGCUGAUCGUGUCUCCAUUCCACUCGACUCGGGUCGGUUGACCAGUUUACCAAAGCCGAAGGUUGCGAACAAGUUCGGCGGGGGCCAAGCGUUUACCGGAACCAAGCCUCCCCUUCCCAGCGAGCCUAUGGGAAAACCCACCGCGUCGGCUGUACCAGUUGCGGGUGCGAGCAGAACCUUUGCCGACGAGGGAGGGAAGACUCCGGCACAGAUCUGGGCGGAAAAGAAAGCCAGAGAGAGGGGAGAAGCUCCUAGCACACCAACCGGUACUUCAACUGCUCCGAUCCAGAACCAGCUCAGUGGCCGGAGUGAGUGGAAGAGCUCGUAUACCGGUAAAACAUGGGCUCCUGUCCAGACUACUCACACCGGCAAAUCCAUUGGAAGCAACACGUCUCAGCCCCCAGCGAACACUCUUGACGAUAAACCCGAACCCGAAUCGCAGGCGCCCCCGGCGAGUGUUAGUGCCAUCCGCGACCAGCUCAUGCGUGAACAGCCUCAGAACCCAGAGCCUGUCCCUCAGAGACCUGCUGAUAUCCCCACCGGGGGCCAUACUAUACCUCUGCCAGGCCUUCCCACAGCAGCUGCCGAUCCCGAGCCUGUGGAACCUGAGGCCCAUCAGGUGGCACCAAGUCCGCCUCCGCAGCCUCGGUCCCCAACGCCCCCGACGCCGCCAGUCCGCGAAACCUCGCCGAUCCGUGUUGCAAUGCCUGUUGGACGGACGGUCACGGACGCCCACGACGAACAGCACUCGCCACCACCGGUCAUCCCUGCCGAGAGCCUGAGUGAAGCAGUGCCGAAGGAACAAGAUCUGGAAGAUGAGACACAUGACGUAGCCAGAGCAACCGCCGAGGCCACUGCUGGACAUACCCAUCCCGGUGAAGGGAUCCAGGCGCUUGUCCAGUUUGACUACGAAAAGGCGGAAGACAACGAAAUCGACCUCAGGGAAGGCGAGUACGUGACAAACAUUGAAAUGGUUGACAAGGACUGGUGGUUGGGUUUCAACGUUCGUGGGGAAAAGGGACUCUUCCCCAGUAAUUAUGUUGAGCUGGUCGAGACCGCUCCGGAACACCCGUCGACAAACACGCACUCCGCCCCUGAACCUGCCCCUCCCACUGAGCCAACUCCAGCAGCUCCAGGUGCGGCAGAUGAACCUUCAGCCGUGGCAUUGUAUGACUACGAAGCGGCGGAAGACAACGAGCUCAGUUUCCCGGAAAACGCCGAGAUUACAAACAUCACGUUCCCCGAUGACGACUGGUGGUAUGGCGAAUACAAUGGUCGCAAGGGUCUCUUCCCCGCCAACUAUGUUGAAUUGCGCAAGUAG